GGGGAGCUCUCGGGGCGCCUGCGCAGUGCAAGACCUGCCGCUCUGGUGUCGCCGCCGCCGCUGCCGCAGCUGCCGUUGCCGCCUCCCUGCCUGCAAGUGUGUGAAGGAGGAGCCGAGGGUCGCCGCCGCUGCCACCGCCAUGGGGAGAAAGUCAAGCAAAGCAAAGGAGAAGAAGCAGAAGCGGCUGGAGGAACGUGCAGCCAUGGAUGCUGUCUGUGCCAAAGUGGAUGCAGCCAACAGGCUUGGAGACCCUCUGGAGGCUUUCCCAGUGUUCAAGAAAUAUGACCGGAACGGGUUGAAUGUCUCCAUUGAAUGUAAGCGGGUGUCUGGACUGGAGCCAGCCACCGUGGACUGGGCGUUUGACCUGACCAAAACGAAUAUGCAAACCAUGUAUGAGCAGAGUGAGUGGGGCUGGAAAGACCGAGAGAAACGGGAGGAAAUGACGGACGACCGAGCGUGGUAUCUCAUUGCUUGGGAGAACAGUUCUGUGCCUGUUGCCUUUUCUCACUUCCGAUUUGACGUGGAGUGCGGGGAUGAAGUCCUGUACUGCUAUGAAGUGCAGUUGGAGAGCAAAGUGCCGCGGAAAGGCCUGGGGAAGUUCCUCAUACAGAUCCUGCAGCUUAUGGCCAACAGUACACAGAUGAAGAAGGUGAUGCUAACAGUAUUUAAACACAAUCACGGUGCCUACCAGUUCUUCCGAGAAGCACUACAAUUUGAAAUUGAUGACUCUUCUCCCAGCAUGUCUGGCUGCUGUGGGGAAGACUGCUCCUAUGAGAUCCUGAGCCGGAGAACCAAGUUUGGGGACAGCCAGCACUCCCACGCAGGUGGGCACUGUGGCGGCUGCUGUCACUGAACUCCCAGAGCCACUUACGUCAGAAUCUGCUCUCCUAAGGCCUGUCUUCUCCCCUGGUCUCACGUCACUUGCCAGGUGCCCUAAGAGCUGUGGUCUCCUCAACCCUGUAUGUACCAGAUGGCACCCUGAGAGCACAGAACCCUGGGGAGGAGUGGUCCACGCUGCCCCGUCUCCUCUCUCUUGGAAGAGCACAGUGCCAGGAGGGAAUGGAGGGAGAGGGUGCUACAGGAAGACCACUGCGGGCCGGCGGGAAGCUCCUCUCUUGUGGCUGCCUCCUUACUCCACUCAGAAGGUUCCCCUACUUCCCCACAGUUGGAUUCCUGGUGGACCUUCCCCUUCCCUGGACAAAUGGAAUGUUUUAUCCACUCUUGUGAAAGUUUUAAGAGUCCUGGUCUGGGGUCUGCUGGGCCCCAAAGAGGACUGGACUUUGUAUGAUCCAAGUGCAAAGCAAGAGAGAGAGACCCUGGUUCAGAGAGACCCUGGCUCCCUUACUUCUCGAUCUCAUGGAUGGCGCUCGUGUGGAGACUGCAUAGGCCUUCUACACCAAGAUACAGGGAAGCUCUUUCUAGCCACAUGCUUGUAGAUCCACAGAGUGGAGUUGUCCAGGGACCGGCCAACCGGAAGGCUGCCUCUCUCCAUUGCUGUCAGGGAGGGCGGACAGGACCAGCCAGGUGUCCUGGGGGCUAACAUGGGGAUGCCUGCUUCUCUGGGCUCUUAGACUUUGCUGCAUUCUAAGCUUGACCUCUUGAUCUCAUGGCGGUGACUUGAGCUUUUAAUUCAAGAAGAAAGCCAGAGGCCCUGCCUGUUCCUCUCCAUUGCCCUCUCGACACUUUCUCCCCUGCCUCUUGCCUCCACCCCAGAUACCUCUGUUCUUAGUCUCAAGGGGGGAGUAACAUCAGGGAGCCUCUUGUCUUCCCCCAGAAGGAUCCCUUGUUCCUGGUGUAGUUGAUACUUUCCUCUCACCUGUUGGUGCUGAUAUCUCUCUGAAGGUGGGAUGUCCCACCGCUGUCCUCCCUCUUCAGAGAGCCCCCAGCCAGCAGCAGGCCCCUCUGCCUGCACCCCCAGCCUCACCCCUCACUGUUUCAGUGAGGCACUGGUGCCACUGUCCUGGCCAAGCCGGGCCACAGCUCAGCUGCAGCAGGAAUGCCCUUCAGUGGCCCAAACAGCUGCUCUGCUUUUCUCUCUGGUGUCAUCCUGUGUCAGCAGGUUGGAGCAGUGGGAGAAGGCCUUCCUCUUAGAGGUGUAGAGGAUGUGGGCUCUGAACUUACACUCAUCCUGAUCUCUAGGCCUUGUUCCUCUUCCAGAAGAAAAACCAAAUCUUUAUCCAGGAAAAAGCACCUAACACCUCCCUUUUGACGUCCCAAGCUUUGCUUCAGGGAAUGUCGUGAAGGUUCUAGCCUUUGUGCAGUUGUCUCCUAGGGGGUCCGUCAGCCCCUCUGCUGCUGGAGUCUGCUCACUCCACCCUCUGCCCUUACUCAGGUGGUCUGUCCUGGCAGAUCUCAUUAGAGUGGUCCUUGCUUCUCACCCAGAGUCCUGCCUGCAUAGCAGCCUGUGCUCAUGAGGCCUCGCUUCCCAGCCUGGCCUCUGCUGAGAGCCUGGUGCUGCUCUCGACCCCACCAGCAGCGGGCCUGGCACUCCUGGGAGAGGGCCUCGCAGCUUUACACUGGAUACGGCCACGGUCGCCUUGCCUGCUGGCUCCCUGGGGUUUUACCCCAGUGAGAGUUGAACUUUUUGGGUAGGGGUUGGCAAACUCCUAAGAAUCACAAAACAACAAGAGCACGUUUAGGAAGAGUCUGAUCCCUGUCUCAAAGUACAGAGUGCUAAAUAUUUAUUGUCUUAGAUCAUGAAUUUCUGAUACCUCCCACUCAAGGGGACCAAAAGGAACCCCCAGUAUAGACCCCAUUUGAGGUGAGCUCAGUUUAUGUUGUCUCUUUCCAGUCAUUGGUAAUGGGAUGCUCAGGGCCAUGCCCUGCUUCCCCCAGCCUCUGCAGGCCAUGUCCCAGAGGCGGCAUCAGGAGGUUAGGCUGGGAGGUUAGGCACUGGCUGAGACUGCAGGUGUGGGUGUUGGGCCCUCAUGUCUCAGAUGGCAGUUUCCACCUCCCUUGGGUCUUGGUUUUGAGAAACAGCAGGCCUUUUUUGUUGGUUUUUUUGUUUGGGGCAUGUUAAGAUAUAUUUUUAAGUUUUUUUUUUUUAAGUUGUAUCUGCUCUAUUUCAGGUUAUUUGUUGGUGUCAGCUAUGUAUGGUUCUUUUUAACCCUUUGUGUUUUUUUAGAGAAAACUUGGAAGAUAAACUUCUUGAUAUAUAUAUAUUUUUUUCUUUAGCAACUUGUUAUCACUGGAAUCAAAGGGAAAAGUGAUCUCUUUUUUGCAUUGGUUGUAUUUGUAUGUCACAAAUAAAAGACACUUUGUUCAGCUGCAAAAAAAAAAAAAAAAAAAAGAAUGUAAAGCUACACAUAAUUUUUAAAAAAUUUAUAUUGUUAGAUUAUUUUCUUUGCCUACCCAUAUGUCUUUCAGAAAGAUUUUGCUUUAAUAUUAUUUAUUCUUUUUAACAUCAUUUAUUUAAGUGUAACAAAUACAGAAAAGCAGGUAGAGAAAACACAUUCACCUUGAUGGAUUACCACAGCAUAAUCACCCUAAGAGCCACCACUCAAGAGAACAACAUUGCAAGAACCUACCUUAAACCCCCUCCUCGUCAAAGGUACCGUGAUGCUUGCUUCUACCAGAAUAUAGCUACUUUUGCAAGUUUUGAGAUUUAUGAGAAGGAAUAAUAUAGCAUGUCAUCUUCUGGUUUUUCAAGUCAGUAUUCUGUUUAUGGGAUUUGUCCAGAUACUUAUGUAUUGAGAUAUAUAUAUAUAUAUAUAUAUAUAUAUAUAUAUAUAUAUUGCCUUUACUGGUGCAUAGUACACUAGUACACUGCGGUAUGACUAUAUCAUCAUUCAGUUAUUUGUUUCUGUUUUGUUGAUAAUGAGCAGUGGAAUAGUUGGAUCACAGGGACAAAGAACAUUCACAUUCAGCAAUUAAGGCCAAACAGACUGACAAAGUUGUCCUGAUUUACAUUUCCACUGGAGUUUCCAUUGUGUCCUGAACUUGCUAACAUUCGGUACCAUCGGUUUGCUUCAUUUAGCCAUUAUGGUACACGUGUGGUCAUUUGUUAUGUCUUAAUUAGCAUUUUUCUAAUUUCUGCAGUCAAGCAACAUUUUAUAUAUUUGAUGAACAUUUGUGUAUCUUCUUUUGUGUUCAAGACAUUUGUCCUUAAUUUCACCGGAUUAUCUUUAUUAUCUUUAAUGACCCUUCACAUAGUCUAGAUAUAAUCCCUAUCCUAUGUUUCAACCCUUUCUUGUUAAUAUUUGGAUGAGUUUAUCAGGAUAUGCUGGUGGAGAAAAAAAACUCUACAUAUCAAUAGAUGUAUACAAAAAUACUUAGAUGUGCUGCAGGCCAUUGGGUUUGGGGACAGCUAUUUUUUCCACAUAGUUACUCCAGGGCCCCAAAUGACAAGUGCUACACCAUGUAGAGUGCUGCUGCUUUCUAUGGCCAGUAAAUCACAGAAAACUGACAAAUUUAAAUGAGAAAUUUGAACUUUUUUUUGUGUGAACAAAUUCUUCACAAAUUGUUGAUAGACCUUUAUUUCAUCUUUAUGUGGUGCUGAGGAUCGAACCCAGUGCCUCACACACACUAGGCAAGCGUUCUACCACUGAGCCACAACCCCAGCCCUAUGGACAUGUCUUUUUAAUAUCAGAAUCUUGCACUUGAAUCAGUAAGAUGCAGUUCCUGGUGGAGGAUUUUAAGUGAUGAUAUUUUCAAGUUCUUGAUAUGAUCAUUAAUAAAACUUGAUGCAUAAUAAAUUUGCAGGAAGAAAACAAAAUGACCACAGAUGAACUUGUAUUUGAAGAUUCCAAGAACAUUUUUUUCCUUUUCUUGACAAAUCAAUGUUGAAAUUGCUCAUGAAAAUGGGAAUAGAUUUUGAAUCCAAUUCAGUUCUGUCAACUGUUUCAAAUUACGAUGAGGUCUGAUUUGUAGCCACAUCUUGAAACUAGCAUAAACACUAUAAAGGGGGAAUAUCUGCCCCAGACAGAUACCUGUAUGCUCUUUGUGAGAACAGAAAUUCAGGGAUCUAGGUUGCUUCCCUCACCAACAGUCCCUGCCCUCCUUGCUGGAUAAUCUCUCUAACUGCAUGAGUUAACCUUUGGGUACCUGAAAUAUAUGCUCCUGCAACAACAGCCCUCUUUACUUGAUGAACAGCAAUACACUCUAACUGGCUGCUCAAGUCAUCAAGUGACUGACUGCUGAACAGUGUGUGGCAGUGAGGUAAUGGGGGCCAGAUGGCAUUCAUCCAGCUUGCCACCUUCAGAGAACUGAGAAAGAACAGCUAUGCUUGGAAAAGUUCUGCAGGGAGGUUUGUGCUAAGGCAGAAGCAACAAGUGGUAAGAUGUAUCUGGCCAAGCUCCCUAGUGCUGGACUCUGACUCUUUCCACAAUGUGCUGGGCACAAAUUAACUGGACUCUUUAGGCAAUUAUAAGGACAUUCUUUCUAUUUAACACAUGAUGAAGCGAAGGCACAGAAAGAUCAGAUGCCAUAUGCAGAGUGACACAGAGGGCUAAGUGAGGAGUCAGGCACCUGGUUCUAUAGUUGUUGCUCCAGCCCAUCACCUUCAACAAAUGUCCCAUGAUUUGCUCAAAGUGAAACCCAUCACACAAUUCCAAAGAAUGGCCAAGUUGUGUGUGAGUAUCAACUAUCUUCAGUGUGGGAAUAAUUUUAUAUGAUUUAGCUGCAUAAAUUUAAUAAAAUAAGAAAUAAAGUUAUUAUUCUUUAGAAUUCAGGUGCAUAGAAGUGACAUAAUCAGCCACAGUAUAUUUCACACUAUAGUACUUACUUCUUACUUCUUAUAUUCAUAUUUAAUUCAUUCAUUUUGCCUUUAUUUUCCUCACUUUCAUCCCUUUGAACAUCCCUAAUAGCACCUCAUAUUCACCCCAAAUCAUCAAGUCACCAUACACUUUGUGAAUCCCAUUUACAUGAUAGCUUUUGGUGACUUAUCUUUUUAUGUUUUCAAAUUUUUCAUUCGAAAUAUUUCUGUGAGUUCUCACACUGUCCCUCAUAAGUAUAGUAAUUUCCUUUACACUGCUACAUGGUACCCCAUCAUUUCCAAUACCACAUUUUAUCUACCCAGGUAUUGUGGACAGACCUUACAAUUGUUGCCCACUCUGGUUGUCUAACCAUGCUGGACAGUCUCUUUGUGUAGAACAAUUUUCCUCAAGAAUAUAUCUCAAGGAAUAGCGUCAAGUCACAUUCUGUGUACAGAUACUAAUUCACCCUGCAGAAAAGUUGGACCUAACUAUAUUUAAGAAACAGAGAGAGAUCCAAUUUCCCACACUUAUAUCUGACCUUAAUCUUAGCAGUAAAAAGUAGCAUUUCAUUGCUUUUGCUUUUAUUAGUUUGAGAAUUUUCCUCACUAAUGAGAUUGAAUAAUCUUUAUCAUUUUUUAGCUAUUAUGUUCCUUCCUACAGAUUUUUAAAUUACAUCCUUUCUUGGCUAACUAGUAGCACUCCUGCCUCAUUAUUUCUAAAUUGAAAGAAUUUCUUAUAUAUUCAAGAUUUUAAUCCUUUUUAUUCAUAUUGUAUACUAGAAUCAUCUCCUAGUCUAUGACCCGUCUUGUUAUUUUUGCCCAUGGGAAUGAUUGGUAUAAUAGAAAUUGUUACUUGUGUGUUAUUCAAAAUCUUCAAAUUUUCUCUUCAUAUACUGUAUUUUAUGCAUUUUUUAUGUUUUUACAUUUUCUUGAGGUUUAACAUGCACAAAAGACAUAGAUUCCAAUGAAUGUUUACAUAUGUGCAAAUCCUUGUGACAAUCACGCAAAGCAACACAUAGAACAUUUUUAGCAUCUGAGAAGGUUCUUAUAUGCAUUUUACAAAAAAAAAAAAAAACCCACACUCCUGUCCUCCCCCUCUGUCCUAUGCUGUCAUUCACAUGUUUGUUCUUCAGCUUCAUAUAAAGGGGAUCAUACGUUAGGCAAUCCUUCGUGUCUGGAUUCAUGCACUCAUUGCUACCACAGUGAGAUUCCUAUACAUUGUGGGCAACAGAAGUUCUAUUUGUCCAUGUGCAGUUUUACACUGAAUAAAUUGUUUUGGUUAGCUUUUUCACUUUGUGACCAAAGACCUGAUGAAAACAAUUUUAGAGAAAGAAAAGUUUAUUAGGGGUUCAUGACUUCAAAGGUCUCAGUCCAAAGACAGAGGACUCUUGCUUUCUGCCCAAAAUGAGGCAGAACAUAACAUCAUGGCAGAAAGGUGUGGAGGAGGAACAGCUCAGGACAUGACUACCAAGAAGCAGAGAGAGAUUGCUACCCUUAUCACAGACAAAAUAUAAACCCCAAAGGCUUGCCCUCAGUGCCCCAUCUCCUCUGGCCUCACCCUGUCUACAGUUACCACCCACUAAUCCCUAUCAGAGAACUAAUGCACUGAUUAGGUUAAGGUUCUCAAAACCAAUCAUUUCACCUCUAAACUUUCUUGCAUUGUCUCAUACAUGAGCUUUUUGGGGACAGCUCAUAUCUAAACCAUAACAUAAAUAGACCACAAUUUAUCCAUUAAUUAAAAGUUAAUGGUUCCAAUUUGGUGCUAUUAUAAACUGUUAUAUAUUAUAUAUAACAGACUUUUCAAACACAUUUUGUAUAUAAAUCUUUAAGUGGAUACAUGCACUCAUUUCUCUUUAAUAAAGUUUUCUAUAAUGCUAUGGAUAUAUAAAAUUUCUAGGUCAAGGGAUGUGUAUGUAUUUGGUACUAAUAGGUAUUACAAAACCAGUUUUCAAGUGGUUGUCCCAGUUAGCACUCCAAAGAGCAAUAUCCAAGAGCUCUAAUUGUUCCUUGCCAUGAUUUUGUGUUGUUGGUCUUCUUGAUUAUAGCCAUUCUCAUGAGUGUUUAACAGAAUCAUAUUGUGCUUAUUCUUUGUGUCUAAAUAUUUAACUUCAAUUCUCUGGUUUUUAACUAAUUGGUAUGAGGAACAUUAAGUUGAGAGUGCUACUGUAAUAAUUAGUACACAUGGACAAUCAGUAUGCCCCAGGCAAUUUCCUGUUCCAAGAGAAGAUUAUUACCAUUUUUUGUUUUUGUUUGUGUUUUAGUACUGGACAUCAAACUUAGGGCCUUGCAUAUAAUGGGCAAGCACUCUGCCACUGAGCUAUACCCUAGCCCUUUUUUAUUUUAUUUUGAGUGAGGGUCUUAAUAAGCUGCCAUGACUGACCUGGAACAUGUGAUACCCUGCCUCAGUCUCCAGAGUAGCUGGGAUUACAGGUGUUCAACACCAGAUCCAGCAAGAUAUUAUUAUUUAAGAAUAUUUUCUAAUGUGUAUAUUAACUUUAAUCAACUUUAUUUUCAACAUCUGGUUAUGCAUAAAAUUCUUUAUUUUAAUGUUUUCAUUGUCUAAUGUGUUACCAGAUUUCUUAGUGUAAACCCCUUGCUAAAUAACUAGAAUUCAAUGCAGUGUAUUAUGCUGUUAAUGUAUUACCACACUGUCUACUUGGAAUGUUUCUGUUGCUAUUGAUAGGCAAGCUUGAUUUGUUGACAUUUGUAUACGCUAUAUUUGGGGAGCUUUAAUAUCAAGGUUACAUUUUGUUUAUAAAAGACAUUAAAUUUUUUCUGCCUCUCUUCUCUAGAAUUGGUCAAAUAGUAUUGACUAGGUCUGGUUCAAAGCACGGUGAGAACUUUCUUUGCCACUCUCCAGCCUGAUCCUGUUUUUAGGAAGUAACUCUGAGAGCAAGCCCUGCUUAUUCUGCAGCAUCUAGCUUACUUAUGUUUUCUUUAAGGCAAUGUAAUAAACUGAAACCAGAGACUCUGGUACCAGAGGCCUGGGGUUAAAAAUAUUGUUACAUGAUGAUUAGCUAUUGUCCUCAGGAAGACCACCUGUCCUAAUGUACCUCUAUUUCUUCAAUUGAAAAAUGAGAAUCAUAAAAUAAUUAUAAUAAUAGUAAUAAUGAUGAUGAUGAUAAUACUUAUAGGUUUGUUGGAAAUUUUUUAAAGUAUUAAGGUAUGUAAAGCCCUCAGAACAGUGUCAUCUGACACAGAUUAAACAGCCUUUAGUGAUA